AUGUCGGUCGACAAAAUAAAGGAGUACUGUCGUCGCCUCGAAAAACAUUCCGAAGACAGGGCUGUUUUGAAGGACACCCUGUAUAAACUCAACAAGAUGGAGGUCACUGUGGACAUUCUGCAAAAAACUGGAAUCGGUAAAGUCGUGAACGGCAUCAAACACCGUGGUGGCAAGACUGGAGACAUGGCUGCCGAUCUCAUAAAAAAGUGGCGUAACGUGGUCGACCGCGAAGCCGAGCAGGAACACGAGGAGGACAACAACAAUAACAGCAAUGGCAGCAGUCACCACAAGAGCGAAGUAAAAAAGGAGUCGCAUCAUAAUCAUCAUCAUCGCGAGUCCAAGAAGCACAAGGAAAGUUCUUCCUCGUCUCACCGAAGGAUUGAGAAAGUCACUAAGGAUCGCUCGGGUGGCAAGGUCGAAGAGCCGGCGCUCUUCUCGGACCUGUCUGUCGUGAACAAGAAAGCCUCUACGAAGCCCAAGAAGCAGGAAGCUUCGAACAGCAAGUCGUCCCACAAAAAGCCCUCCGACCACCAUGACGAUGCUCGUCAUCACAAGAGUAAGAAAUCUGAGAAAAAAGAGACUUCUCUUCCAUCUCCGGCAUCAUCCAGCUCGUCCGAUUCGGGCAGCGAAAGCCAGCCGGUUGAGCCUCCGAAUCCGACCCCCGAGUCGAAGAAGACUCCCGCUGACUCCACAAGAGCCCCACAAGCGACCAAGCGGAAAGCACCAGAAGAGUUCCCGGUUGACGGGGGGAUGGGGGCGAACUUUGGCUCGUUCGAAGAGUGUCUCGGCACCAUCGAGCCCAAGAACCUGAAGAAGAAGAGAAGGUUGAAGACCUCUUCGUCCCCGAAGAUGACGGUCACGUCCUCGACUUUGAACGGCUCGAGCGGCCAACCGAAAGGACCGAGGUUGCCAGACCUCGUUGAUAAAAAAAUGAUCGAGUCCCGGCCCGCGGUGGAUUACAAACCCUUGCCCAGAAUCGAGCCGAAAGCUCCCGUCGUGGCUGCGAAGCGUCCGAUCGACGAGGCCGCUCAGUUCACUUCGUCCCGGAGAGAUCGAACCGCAAUUUAUUCAGGAAGACGAAAUGUCACGCUGACGUCGGUCCCAAGCCUGUUUGACGCGUGCAUCAGGGUUCUCAUGGACCAUGUGGACUGCAUAGAGGAAACCGGUGGUGUACCCUAUGAUAUUUUGAAGCCGGUACUCGAGCGCUGCAAUGGACAACAGCUCUACCGAUUGGAGUAUUUCAACCCCUAUCUCAGCGAGGACACCGAUGCGCUAUGGGAAGCCCACUGUCGGAAGGAUUUCAGGAGCAAAACCCGUCAGCCCGGCGAGGAGUCUUGGAAGGAACUCUACCUCAGAUGUCACGAUGAACGUGAACAGAAACUGAGAAGUCUGACAGCAUCGAUUAGCCAAUCCAUGCGUGAGAAGCAAGCUCCUGUCAGAACCACAAAGCUCGCCUACGUCGACUCGAUGGCCAAAGCUCCAUUGAACGUGCAGAGAGCUCAGCUGAAAAACGGCACGUUCGUGGGAAACAAAGCGCAACCAUCGCAAGCACGGAAAAUUGCUUCGCAUGCCGCUGCCGCAGCAGCCACCGAGCCAGUCAGAGCCCCCGCUUCAGCGGCUCCAAAGAAACCCAAACUAGCGCCAUUGAUGGCCAAAACUCUGUCAUUUCUGAAAAUGAGGAGGUCCACCGGGUACGGUUUCGCGUCCCGUUAAACUCCUACCGUUCCCGUUACACUCCUCUCGCGAAAGAGUUCAGUGAUGUACCUGUUGUAGAUAUUUAGUCCUUCGGGUAGGCUUAAGAAAAUGAAAAUUCAUUCUCGUAAUUUAAGUUCACUGUGAAAGUGAAUACGCCUUGUGAUCUAGCAGCCUCAAUGAGACUUGUAUACCUAAAUGUAUGCGUGACUUGUACAUUGAAUAAACGAGUACAUAUCCAGAGUAUGG